CCCAUCACCAUGGACGGUGUGGGCGACGUCGACGACGAGUGGGUCUGGCCCCACGAGUCUCAUGGAAGCCCCGGCAGAUGGAGGGCUUCCUGCGCUGCCAGGUCUGCGGCGACUACAUGAGCGGGCCCGUCCUCCUCCGCAACUGCCGCCAUUGCUUCUGCUCCGAGUGCAUCCGCAAGCACCUCCUCGCGCGGGGCACCGGUGGCAACUGCCCCGAGUGCAAGCAAGAUUGCUCGCCUGGCGACCUGGUGCCGAACCGACCACUGGAGCAGAUCAUCAACCUCUUCCGCGCGCUCAAACCCAAAGUGCUGCGCCUCGCAGACGGAGCGCCACUAAGCGAGAUGGCCAACGCGCCGACGACGCCGACCAAGACGACGCAGGCAAAGCCCGGCAAUAGCGCAACCAAGCGCGUUCCCGUUGUCUCGUACAACAUCAUGAAGGACGCUGAAAUCCGAAAGCACCUCGAAGCCGCGGGCCUCGGCAGCAUCCGCGGGACCCGGGACGUGCUCGUUGCCACACACAAGGAGUAUACGAUGCUCUGCAAUGCGCAGCUCGAUACGCUGCAUCCCAAGACGCCAGACGAGAUCCGCAGCCAAAUCCUCGCUACAUACAAGCUACGCAACAGCGAAAAGUCUCAAAUGGCCUCGACCAAGCGGUCGCUUGGCCUCCGACACGACGAUCCGAUUGAGAAGGCGAUCAGCUCGUCGCCGGCACUCAACGACAACUUUCGCAAGCUCGCCGAACAGAUCAAGGCGCAGAAAGCGGCCAAGAAGGGCCAGCUACCGACGGCAGCGAGCGGCCAAGAAGCGCCUGCCAAGAGCAUCCCGACACUGCCGUCUCCACUUCCUGCUGCGUUGCUGUCACCGACACCGGGAGUGACGUCGCACACGUCGGCGUCGCCGGUCCAGAACGCGUUUUACGCAGACACGGAGGAGAAGCCCGCGCAUCCGGUGCUCCAGGCCGACGGCGCACCGCGGUACCUAGCUCGGGACCCGGUCAAAACCCUCUUUCACGCGCCCAACACGACCGGCACGUGGCGCCAAGUGUUUCUCGACAGCACGCAGCAGCACGUCUAUGUCCACACGGUAACACAGGAAAUCCGCACGGACCCGCCACCGAGCGUCGCGCCGGCCAAGAGCUCGAUGCAUGCCGCCGCCGUUCCCAAGAGCAUGACGCCGAUCGUGGCCAUGAAGCGACCGGUCGAGGUUGCUGCUAGCACCGUGCAGUGGGCAUGCCCGCGCUGCACGCUGGUCAACGAGAUGCAUCUCGACGAGUGCUUGGCUUGCGGCGGCCCCAACUCCAAGAAGCGGCCCAAGCGCGUCGUCCAAAAGAAACUGGGCUAAGUUAACCAAAAUGCACAACAUUAUUGUCAGC